AUGGUCACAAAACUCUUUCUCAGACCGAACUCAAUCGUCCUUUCUCCCGCUCACUUCUUUCUCUUCCCCAAACUCUCUCUUACAAAACCCACCAUUAUUUCACUACUUUCCACAACCGCUCGAGCGAUUGCCCCUGAAACCCUCCCUUAUGGACCCUCCCUUCAAAAGAGGAAAACCCUUCACUGUCCUCAACCAAAACAGCAGCAACGACAGCAGCAAGAGUAUCAAUCUCUUUCUGGCUCAGAGCUUCUUUAUCCACGCAAAGAAGACCAGAAGGGUGAAAAAGAAGAGGGCCCUGAUUAUGAUGAUAAUAUAAUAAACGAGGAUAACUUCACUCGGGUUUUUGAUAUAGCUGCGCUUAGAGUCCCUGCAAAGGAUUGCUUUGCUCUUGAGAGCAGAAUUCGUGGCCACUUAUUGAAUUGGCCGCGGAUUCGAAACAUUGCUAGAGUACCUGGCGACGAAAUGGAAGAAAAUAUGGUUUCUUUACUAGGAGAGAAAGAAAAAGAAAGUGAAGAUGAAGAAGAGAAUUUUGAUGCAUUGAAUAGAAGAAUUUAUGGGAAAGCAGAAGGAGAUGGUGAAGAAUUAGGUCAUGUUUUGUAUAGGGAAAAAUUGGCAAAGGAGUUCAAUUCAAGGGGUUUUGUAAAGUUUAGGAAUUUGGCUAAGAUUUCGAGGCCUAGGAGGAAGAAGAAGAAGGGAGGGAAAGGAGAAGAGACGGAGGGAAAUGAGAGGAAAGGGAGGGAUGAAUUCUCUGUGGUGGAGGUUUUGGAAGAGGAGGAAGGAGGGGAUUGGAAGGGUUUGUUGGGGGAUGAAUUCGAAGGGAGUAAGAAAUGGAUGGGUCCGACCAGGUUGUUGCUUUUGGAUGAGACGUAUGCGGAGAAGGGAGUGGAUGAGUUGCCACAAGCGAUCAAGGCUGUGUUACAAGAAGCUAUGAGAGAGAACUCAACAUCUACCUUUGAUCUUGUUAGAUGCAAGCUGACUUUGUUUUAUGAUUAUUGGCAGAUGAAUGAGAUCUUGGAGGCCUUACUGCCACAGGAUAUGAUUGUUCCCUCAGCUUUUGAAACAGUUGGACAUAUUGCACAUCUAAACCUGAGAGAUGAGCAUCUGCCGUACAAGAAGCUUAUAGCAAAGGUAGUGCUGGAUAAAAACAAGCCAAAGAUACAAACGGUUGUAAAUAAGAUUGAUGGCAUACAUAAUGACUACAGAACAAUGCAGCUUGAAGUUUUAGCUGGAAAUCGCUCUCUAGUUACCAUGGUAGUCGAGAAUGGAUUACGGUUUCAUGUUGAUUUAGCAGCAGUUUAUUGGAAUUCCAGGCUUUCAAGUGAAAGGCAAAGACUUCUGAAUGGCUUCAAGCGCAAUGAUGUCCUUUGUGAUGUUUUCGCUGGAGUUGGGCCGAUAGCUCUAUCUGCUGCAAAGAUAGUGAAACGUGUGUAUGCCAAUGAUUUGAACCCUAAUGCAGUUGAAUAUAUGGAGAAAAAUAGUGUUCUUAACAAGCUUGAGAGGCACAUUGAGAUCUUUAACAUGGAUGGAAGGAGGUUCAUCAAUGCUAUGUUUGCCAGUCAGAAAGCUCAGUCCAUCACACAGGUGGUUAUGAACUUGCCGAACGAUGCAGUGGAAUAUCUAGAUGCAUUCAGGGGGAUAUUCAAGGAUAAACCCAAGGAUAGAGAAUUUGCCUUGCCAAUGAUCCAUGUUUAUGGAUUCUCCAGAGCUCGUGAUCCAGAAUUUGAUUUCCAUGAGCGAAUAAGGAUUGCAUUGCAAGAGGUGGAAGUUAAUGUAGAAAUGCGUAGAGUACGGCAUGUUGCACCUGGAAAAUGGAUGUUGUGUGCAUCAUUUAGGCUUCCUGUGAGUGUAGCAUAUGCGCAUACUAUGUUAAGAAUAUUGGAUUAUAAAGUUGUGAGGUCCUUUGUUCUACGGCACCACCAGAGUCCGGACAUCUCUCAGACAUAUGUUGCUUUUAUGUCUCAGUCCUUCUUUUGUGCUGCUUUUUUGUUGGCAGUACCAACCCAAAUAACAGAUGAUAGCGACCUUUUUGAUGCAUCACAUACGCCUUUCUGUACAUAA